AUGGUUUUCAAGUUUUGUCUGUUUUGGUGGUGCGUCUUCGUUUUUGCGGUCAUGGCGGUCUACAUUGCGGAUCACCUGCUGUACCGGAAGUUUGGCGCCGCCAAGGUCGUCUGGAAAGCCGAGCACUUUUUCAAGGGGGCAUCGCGCGAAGAGUUUUGGGCACAGUUCGCAGAUCCGUCACGGUGGUCACCGGAACACCCAGUAUUUCAAACAGCAGAUGUUAGCAUGAUCCGUUGCGAGUCCAAAGAGUUGCAAGAGGAGGAUGCCGCACCAUCUCAAGAUGAGGCGCCCUUCGCCAAUCCUAGAAAGAAGUGUGAAACCGUGAAGCUUGGAGCCCUGAAGGUGGGCCUCGGCAUGGUCCUGAGACACAAGGCCGAUAGCGCCAACGCUGGCUCUUUCUUCUGCACGCGGGAAUGUACGGAGCUGGAGGAGCCUUUAGAGGGAUCCUUCCGACUGGUCAUGCAGACCGUCGAGGCGGGCCUGGGCUAUCCCUUCAUGGAAGACUCUGAGAUCUCUGAGGUCGAGAUCUUUCCACCUUCGGCGGACGGCACGAUCAGGUGCAAAAUGAUAGGAGUGGCUGAAGUCACUUCUCGCAUCUUCCGGUGGUGGUCGGGAUUGCAAAAGGACUCCCAAGAGGCGGCGAUCGCCUUCCUGCAAUCGAUUGAGAACGAGGCUUUCCUUGCAGCAGCUGAGAAGGGCAUGCUGGAAGUUGCUCGGCGACACCUUCAAGGCCGGCACCGUCGAAUGAUCGUGUCAUCAGUUGAUGGCCAUGGUAGAGGUGCAGUUCACUUGGCCGCGCGAGCAGGCCACAGCGAGGGACACUGGGAAACGGAGAGGCUUUCUCUUCUCAAGCAGACGAGAUCGAAAAUGGAGUCAAGCGAUCUGCUCCCGAGCUCCAGCUUGGGGCAGACCCUUGCAGCCCUGUGCUUCGCGGACCUUCUGCAGGCCACCAGCUGCAGCCGAAAAUGGCUCCAGCUUGGGGGCGAGCUGACGCAGCUGCCCGCUUUUCUUGCGCCAGCGACGCCGGCACCGGAGAUGAAAAGGGCGGUGCAGUCUCUGCCGGUUCUGGCAGUUCGGUUCCCGCAGCUCCGGCCGGAGGUCUCAGCUGUCCUGACCGACUGGAAGCCGAGUCAUUUCCGUGCAUUGGACUGGGGCGGGCACCUGCUUCGGCGAAUGGAAGUGCAGCUGUCCGAGGGUGUUGGGGAGCAUGAGCUUUCUCACAUCCUGAAGCACUGCCCUAAUUUGUUGUAUUUCCAACUGUCAGACUACGACCUUGUGGCGCAGAAUGUCUCUGGCAAUUUCUUGAGGGACCUUCCGAAAGAUCUGGUCGAAUUGAGGCUAUGCCUGCUUCGUGAUCUGCAAGAUCGCAGCUUGAAGGUGGCGGUCAAAUCAGCUCCGAAUCUACGAUCGAUUCACCUGGAGGGCGUUGACGAACUUACAGAUCAUGGCAUCGGUGAGCUGGGUGUGCUGAUGCUGCGAAAGCUUUCUUUGGUUUUCACUGCCCUUACAGCAUCUCCACAAAUGUCAGAGGCGACCUUGUUGCGGAUUUUGAACAGGAGCUGUCAGGGUCUCUCUGAAGGACUGGAGGUUUUUCAACUCUCUCAGCAUGCUGGGCCACCGCUGGUUCUUUCUGCUGAAGGUGUGAACUUUGCCAAGAGCCUUGGAGCGCAUGGGAGGUCGUUGCGCAUUCUCACUUUGUCCGGCGUGGUGGAGCUCGGCGACACGGCCUUUCAACUGCUGGCAGCUUCAUGUUCACAACUGCGAGAGCUAUCUUUAUAUAGACCGGGGCACCAACUGUCAUCGGCCGGACUGCAGGAAGGUUUGAGGCAGCUUUCACUGGAGCAUGUCAGCCUUGGCUGCGUCGCAGACUUUGCUGGCGCAUUUCAGGCGAUCCGAGUUGCAGGGCCUGGGCUCGAGUCGUUUGAGAUGAUUCGGUACUUUCGCACUGCAGCAGACGAGUCUGUGCAUUCUGUUUUGCAGCAGAUACGCAGUGGUUGCUUGCCCUCUUUGCGCUCGGCAACCUUCCGUGGGACAUUCUCCUCUGAGCAGGUUGCUGCUUGCCAUCAGAGCACGGCAGAUGACCUGUGGGACAACCUGAGCUGGGAGCAGCAUGACGAUCAGACCUUUUCGAUCAAGUGGCCCAUAGCAUGUCUGGAUGAGUGUGUCACUGUGGAUCUGCAAAGAUGCUUCAGAGAGAGCGAUUUCGGGUGA